AUGAAAACCCUUGUCCUUAACGUUAUCUUUGUAUUGCUCCUAGUGUGGAAGUAUAAUUAUUCCUUCGAUGCAAACACACCUAUGAAGAGCCAAAUGGGUACGCAAAAUAUGUCUCAAGAUUUAUUACCAAAGCAACGAUUUGAAAGGAUAAUGGCAGAAACGCUUGUAGAUCAAACAUAUAAGGAAGAUUUCGCUUUAGGUAGCAAAAUUAAAAAGAACAGUUUAUAUAACACCAAAGUGGAUGAUACCAGUGCAUAUAGUGAUGAAUUGAAAGCACUGUGUACCAAAAUAUCAACCAUAUGGAAAGAAUCAGUUGAAGAUAUGGAAAAGGAGUAUAAUGAAAAAACACAACAAGUUGAAAAAUCAUGGAGGGAAAAUAUAUGGAAUAACAAAUGGGCCAAAUACUUAGAACAUGUACAUAACACCAUUCAAAAGAAACUGAACGAUUUGGGUAAUACUCCACAUGAUACGGAAGUUAAUAUAGCAUUUAUGCUGUCCUACGUUGUUAAAGUCUUUGAAAUGUUUAUAGAGGAGGUUAUUGAAGAUGCGAAGACGCUAGGUAAAAUGUAA